AUGAAUGUUAUAGUAUGGAAUUGCAGAGGCGCUCUUAAGCCCUUAUUCCAAAAGCAUGUUCGCGAGCUAGUCCACAACCAUAAUCCAGCGAUUCUUGUUGUAAUGGAAACUCGUAUUGGAGGGGAAAGGGCUAAGGAGAUUACUGAUCGAUUGCCUUUUGCUGGUUUUAUCCAUACGGAGACAAUUGACUAUGUUGGUGGGCUCUGGAUGCUUUGGAAUUCGGAGAGAGUGGAGGUAACUCCAUUAUCCAACACGGAGCAGGAAAUUCAUAUACUAGUUAAGGUACGUAAUUCUAAUGCUAGCUGGAUGUUUACUGCUGUGUAUGCUAGUCCUAGGACUGCAGAGAGAAUUAUAUUAUGGAAUAAUUUAAUUAAAGUGUCGGAAUUGCAUAACAUGCCUUGGGUGUUAGCUGGGGAUUUUAAUGAACCCCUCUUGGGGGAAGAUAAGUUUGGUGGUAGAGCGGUGAGUGUUAAUAGGUCCUUGCUUUUUAAAGAGUGUUUGGACAAAUGUAGUAUGAUAGAUAUUGGGUUCUCUGGUCCUAGGUUCACUUGGACAAACAAAAGAGAUAUUCAAGCUCUUAUCCAAGAAAGGAUAGACCGAUUUUUUGUUAAUCCCAACUGGUGUCUUCUUUAUUCGGAAGCAAGAGUGGUGCAUCUCACAAGAUGCCAUUCAAACCACUGCCCUGUCUUGAUGGAAAUGCAGCCAAGGAGGGGUGGUGGUAGGAAUAGGCCGUUUAAGCUCCAAACUUGCUGGCUCUCAGACCCAUCUUUUCCCAACAUUGUUAAUCGGGCUUGGAGACAUCCUGUGAUGUUGGUGGAUGCUAUAAACAAAUUCACAGAGGCAGCAACAAGGUGGAAUAGAAUGCAGUUCGGGAAUGUGUUCAAUAGGAAAAAGAAUAUCAUGGCUAGAUUGAAUGGUGUUCAACGGGCCUUAUCUACUAGAUCUUCCUCCUUUCUCAUCAACCUUGAAAAGGAGUUGCUUAAUGAUCUUGAUGUCGUUCUUAAUCAAGAGGAAGAGAUUUGGGCUUUGAAAUCCCGGGUUAAUUGGAUGGUGCAAGGAGAUAGAAAUACCAAUUGUUAUCAUGUAUCCACUUUGGUGCGAAGGAAAAGAAACCAGAUUUUGGCUAUUAAGGAUGCAGUGGGGGAGUGGUUUUAUAAGGAAAAUGCUAUAAAGGGGAUCAUUAGGAGCGGAUUCAUCGGGGUGUACACUUCUUCUAUCUCUAGUGUGUCCCGAUCAGCCCCUUCCAUUUUGCCUUGGCAGAUCAGUCUAGAUGAAGAGGAAAGUCAGAGCAUUGGUGGGGCUGUUUCGAAGGAGGAGAUAAAGGCGACGCUUUGA